CAGGAUUGCUGUGUUCAACGUGACGCUCAUGACAUCAGUCUCACCACCAGCGACGCAAUCACGCGUCGUGCUUCUAUUUUUACCCUAAAAAGCUGUGUUUGAACCGGAAUGCAGCAGCGUGCUUCACACUCGGUCAGAGGAGACGAUGUAAAUAGCAACGGGGAGAAAGAGAAUGAAGUAAGUGUCUUUUCUUUCCCAAAGCUUCCCAUCAUAUGUCAGCGCGCAAUUGCGCAUUAGCCAGGAAACCCAGAGAUGAGAGACCAGUGGCACAAGGAGGGUGCGUGAAAAGCACCGCAGCGCCUGCACGAGAACAAACCUCCCGCUGUGACCCCAAUCUGAACUGGACCUGCACAUUUUCCUCAUCAUGUCCAGGUGAGCAUUUCUCCACAUGAGUCCCCCCCCUGCGACCUGGACGCUGCUGGAGGCACCGCCGCGUUUAGUGGAGACAUUUGGCGCCUGAGGAUGAUGACUGUGUGUUGGACUCACAUUCUGCAGCGACGGCCACUCACGAUGACAGUUCGCAUCGGGACAUGAGCUCAUGAGGAGUCUGGGUAUUUGAGAGGAGGCACCAUGGACGCAGCGGACGUGGUCGCUUCCGUGUUAGUUUUGGGGACAAUCUUCGUGUCGCUGCUGUCCAACGUCGUGGUGCUGAUCUGCUUUCUCUACAACCCGGAGAUCCGCAAGCAGGUGCCGGGGCUGUUCAUCCUCAACCUGACGUUUUGCAACCUGUUGCUGAGCGUGUCCAACAUGCCCCUGACUCUGGUGGGGCUCAUCACCACGGGCCACCCCGGAGGCAGCGUCUUCUGCCAGGUCGUGGGCUUCCUGGACACUUUCCUCACCACCAACUCGAUGCUGAGCAUGGCAGCGCUCAGCAUCGACAGAUGGUUGGCGGUGGUGUUCCCGCUGAGCUACCACUCCAGGAUGCGCCACCGGGAUGCGGUGAUAGCGCUGGUUUACACGUGGACACACUCGCUCUGCUUCUCCAUAGUCGCCAGCUGCAGAUCCUGGGUCGGGUACCACCACCUUUACGCGUCAUGCACCCUCUGCAACGUCAGGGCGAAGGGAGCCGGGGCGCAGUUCAUCAUCUUCACCGUGGCCCUGCACUCCCUCACCUUCCUCCUGACGCUGGUCGUGAUGUGUGUGACUUACAUGAAAGUGCUGAAAGUGGCGAGGUUCCACUGUAAACGGAUCGACGUGAUCACGAUGCAGACGCUGGUGCUGCUGGUGGACAUUCUCCCCAGUGUGCGCCAGAGAUGCUUGGAUGAGCAGAGGCGGAGGAGGCAGAGGGCCACCAAGAAGAUCAGUACGUUCAUCGGCACAUUCGUGGUGUGCUUCACCCCUUAUGUCAUUACGAGAAUUGUGGAGCUCUUCUGCCCAGGGCCCAUCAGCCCUCACUGGGGUGUGCUGUCCAAAUGUUUGGCCUACAGCAAGGCAGCAAGUGACCCAUUUGCCUACUCACUGCUGCGGCACCAGUACAGGAAGACCUGCAGCCUUCUGGCCAACAAGGUCCUCAAGAGGAGUCCGCUCAACUCCUCCUCCAUCAGGAUGGAGAACAACGUAGGGCGGAGCCACAAUAAUGUCAGCCCAAGCAACAACACCCAGCCACCUGCCAACAAGCCACAGUGAAGGUCAUCACUUUCAGAGAGAGUUAGGGUAUGAUGCUGAGCUAAAGGUUAACUAAGAGGUUCGGAGGGGAGUGUGACUGUGGAUUGACCUCUCUGAGUGAGUUUGUGAUUACUCGUCGAAGGACAAUACAGAAGCAUGUUGCAUUCACUUGAGCUCUAUUUUCCUGAAUUAAUGACUUAAUUAUUUCCAUAAUUCAGAAAAUCAGAGCUGUUUUCCUGAAUUAAGGAAAUCUUUUUCAUUUAGAAAAAAUUGUUGACGCCCUACUUGUAACCGUACAGCACUGUUAGAGGAUUGGGCUAAUAUACAGCAACAACCGGAGCUUCCAUGCUGAUGAGUGCUUCUCGCUGGAUUUUGAGGUAUGAUUUUUAUUUUGAUCUUCUUAAUUCAUUAACUAGAUAAUUAAGUUGAUAAUUCCGAAAAACAGAGCAGUUCUUUUUCCUCAAGUGAAUGCAAUACGCUUCCAUAGGACAAGGCUGAAUAUUCUGCAUUUUUCUUCCUGUCAAAAAAAUCCUGUGAAAAGUCCCGAACCAACAGUGUGUUAAUCCGUCUUUUAAUACUUUCAGAAUUUUCUCAGGCUGUCUGUGGCGCUCUGCAUCUUAUUUGCUCGGAGGACAUAAGUCUUAAAAGUAGGCCACAAAUACAAAGUUUCAAAUAGCUGCGUUUUGCAGGUUUUUGCAAUUGUUCCUCAAACAGGAGUUAAAAAAAGAUUUGAGGCAGCAGGACUGUGAAAAUGUGAUUAAUUAUAGAUGGCAUAUAAAGUCACUGCUCCAUAAUAGUGAAGCCAAAGCAUCUCAAUCGCCACCUGGUGGCUGGCAGCAGUAGAGGUUAUAAAUUCUGCCUCCUCCAUGUUAGCAGAAGGGACAACUAAAAAGUCAAAGUACACGUCAAAUAUUUUUUUCUUAAAGAUAGUUUCUGUUAUUCUAGGUAGUUAUUAUCACACUGGUGUUCAUUCAUGUGUUAAGUUUGGUUUUAAUUAAUUAUUUGAUGCUAAAACAUGGAGAAACGUCAUGACAGGUCG